CAUGAACUUCAACUUCAAUUCUGCCUAUUUGGUAUGAUCCUGUACUAAUACAUAUAAUUUCACAUGCCCACCUUCUCGGCGCACAAUACAAUAAGUUCAACACUCUUCCGACCUGCUAUACAGUACCUCUUACCAGAGGGAACCCGUUCCUGGACUACACCCGGCACAGACAUCGAGCGAGGGCGUCGAAGCUCUGACGAAAGCGACAGGAUGGCACAUUAUAACCAGCCAGAGCUGGUUCCCAGCUCGUUGCCCCUAAUAAACAUAUCGAGGACGCCAUCUCCACAUAUAUCCACGGGCUGGACAUCCAACGAGGGGUCAGAUUCGGGAGAAGACGACCUGGGUGACCUGUCUGGUGGGGGAGGCUUCUUGUCGCAACGGCAGCGGCCCACCGGCUGGAAGGGCUUCUUGACACAGGGUGGCUUGGGCAUAUAUUUAUUUGCUACAACGAGGGGAUGGAGUGUCUACAUAAGCUUGAUGUGUUUAUGGUUAAUGGGGACGGCCAUAGGGCUCAUGGUGAUCAACUGGCUGGUCCUGCUCACCGGUGUCUACAAAUUCCCGUAUCCGCUUACGACUACAUUUAUCGAACUCGUCGGCUGCCACUUCUUCCUCUGGGCCUUCGCUGGCUUCACCAGGCUCUUUAGCCGGUACCUCAGCAACGCUGGCCUGGCCGCUCUCGUGGCGCCCUCGUACGCCCUCACCAAGCCUCCCCCAACAACAUACACGCAGCGCACACCUCGCCGCUUCCCCCGAUUCAUCUCCAAGAUCUUCUCCAAAGCCGGCUCCGGCAUUGCCGGCGGCGGUCCCUUUGAAUUCGACCGCGCCGUGGCACGCAAAACCAUCCUCCUCGCAAUCAUCUACGUGCUCAAGAUCCACCUCAGCACCAUCUCCUACGCCCACUCCGAACUCCCCAUGUACGUCCUCACGCGCAUCGGCAUAGUCCCCCUCACCGCGCUCGCCGACUCCCUCCUAAAAGGAACCCGACACUCCAUCCCCCUCCUCUCCGCCACCCUCUCCGCAACACUGAACCUCCUCGUCGGCUCUUGCCGCUCUAACAUCCGCGUAACCUGGGACAGCGUGCUCGCCGGUGUCAUCUCAUCCUUCUGCGCCGCCCUCUUCCCCGUCCUCCUCUACUCAACCUACCAGAACCUCUCUGCGCCGUCGCCCGAGCGCGCUCGUGACCCUACGAGCUCGCGCACCACAUACACGCUCUUGCACCACGUCUCGCUACUCUCCAUCAUGGUCUCCCUCCCCUUCGUCCUGAUCUCAGGCGAGCUGCCCAAUAUCGCGCGCAAUAUCUACUUCCUCGACCGGCCGUGGCACUGGUUCAUGAUGCUGUGCGGCUCGCUAGGCACAUUCUGCGUGUUCACUGCUACGGUGCUGCUCGUGCUGGCGACGAGUCCGUUGACGACGAAUUUCUUGACUAUCCCGGCGUAUGCGUUUCUCAUCCCGGUGCUGGCGAAGUUUAGGAUGCCGAUGUAUAGCUGGGUAGGCAUCGCGCUGGCGUUUGCCAGUUCGGGGUGGUUUGUGUGGGUGAGGCGGCGGGAGAGUAGGAAGGUAAGAGCUUGAAUGCUCUGAAAAGAUUUGAGGGUGUGUGAAUAGGUGGAAUGGGAUAUUAAUAAUACAUAAUGAGCA